AAAAAUUGGGGCUUUAAAAAUAUGAAACACACCUUUCACCGUUUCGGUUUCAUUAAUGAAUAUGUAAUAUGUAUUAUAAUCAUUACCCAAUAUUAUAUAAUUCAACUAAUUCCAAGUCACUGAUCCACUAGUACCAUGCGUACCCUAUUAUUAGCAUCUCUCACCUGAAACUACACCUCCCGACAAAAACAGUUUCCUAGAAAAAUUCAUCAGAAAUUAACAACACCUGAGAAAAUGGCAGCGUUUCGUUAUUGUACUGUGAUUUCUCCAUCAACAUCUUUCUUCUGCUCCGGAAACCAAAAGAGAGCUUUCCAAUUCCAAAGCUGGACACCCAGAAAGCCCAAUCUCAAUGUCAACAACGCCAGUUUUUCAGGGACCGCAGGUAGUAGUGAGCUGGUGGCUGUGCCGGAUUUAGUGUGUAAUAAAGACGAAUCGAGCAGCUUUAGAUUCAAGAAUUUGAUGGAGACUUUCUGGGUUGACGUUCAAGAAGCUGAAGAGAGACCAUUGAGGCUUAAACUCAUCACUGAGCCUGCUGAGACUGUUUCGUCGUCUCAGCUUCAAAAUAUGGCCAUUAGAGUUGAAUUGAGGAAUGGCUGCGUCGGAUGGGGCGAGGCCUCUGCCACCCCUGCCACGUCAGCAGAGGCGGCUCUGGCCAAGGUCUGUGAGUUUCUGCGCCGGAGUCCACCGUUGACUUUGAAUUUGGUGCUUCAACAGAUUGGUUCUAUUCUUCACGGACAGGAAUAUGUUUCUCUCAGGGCAGGAGUUGAAAUGGCAUUGAUUGAUGCAGUUGCCAAUAGCAUUGAUGUGCCUCUGUGGAGAUUAUUUGGUGGUGUUUCAAAUAGAUUAACUACUUCCAUAACAAUCCCAAUUGUAUCUCCAGCUAGAGCUUCUCAAUUGGCUUCAAAGUACUAUGGCCAAGGGUUCAAUACCAUAAUGUUCGAUAUGGGAUUAAACAUAAAUGCAGAACUCGAAGUUAUUAAAGCUGUAAAAUUAGCUCAGCCCCAAUGCUUGUUUAUUUUGGAUGCAAAUGGGAAGUACACUUCGGAAGAAGCUGUGAUGGUUCUUGAGAAAUUGCAUGGCAUGGGAAUAAGUCCAGUUCUCUUUGAGCAACCUGUUCGCAAAGAUGACUGGAAUGGUCUUGCUUAUGUUCGAAAUGUUGCAAGAGACAAAUAUGGGAUUCAUGUUGGUGCAGAUGAGAGCUGCCAGAGCAUGAAUGAUGUAAAGAGAGUAAUACAAGAUAAAUUAGUAGAUUUUAUCAACAUUAAACUUGCAAAAUUUGGGGUUCUAGAAACACUCGAGGUCAUUGAUGUUGCAAGAAAAUCAGGCUUGAAUCUUGUAAUUGAUAGCAUGGUUGAGACUAGAAUUGCCACAGGCUUCGCUGGUCAUUUGACUUGUGGACUUGGAUGCUUCAAAUAUGUAAAUCUGGAUAGCCCUUUAAUGUUGUCAGAGGAUCCGGUUUUCGGCGGAUAUGAAGUUUCUGGAGCUGUCUACAAGUUCACAAAUGCUAGAGGCUUAGGAGGUUUCCUUAAGCAUGAGUCAUGACAGAGUCUCGUAGUGGGCAAGCUUGUGAUGUUGGUGAUGAUCUAUCUACAAAAUCCGUGAGCUUGUGCUAGAAAGGGAAAGUUUAGUUUCGAAUCUGAAGAGAUUGACAAGUCAUUUUCCCAGACUAGACUAUCAUGAUGUUCAUCUACUUUUCCCUUACUCAUGAGUUACUUGUGCAUCUUUGAUAUUAUAAAAUCAUCUUGUUUAUAUUUAAUAUAUAUUGCAAGUGUUUGUGAGAAGAAAUCUCAAUUUAAUUUAUUGAAAAAAAUACAAUAACACUUAUUAAAAGUUGUUGUAAUAACGUGAUGUAACAACAAGUUGGUAA